GUACGUAAUUUCAAGUAGCUAGAGUAAACGAUGAAUUUUUGUAUUUUUUGUAUUUGUUACAAUUCUAGAAUCACAUUCUUCAAAAAUAUCGUGCUAAACAUCGACAUUGGAGAUACUAAACACACUUUAUUUGUCCCAGUAUUGACUUCUCGUAUCGUAAUACAUCGGCAAUUUGUACAUUCGACAAUUUUUAACGUUUUUAUUUCAUUUUUGUCAUUGUAUUCGUGCUUAAGUAAAGCAAUAACUAUAAAUUAAAUGUCAUUUUACUUCAUUUAACAUUAACACACGAACAGAGACAAGUAAAAUUUUUAUUUAAAUAAAAAUGUUAUAUAUCGAAUAAAAAAUAGUAAAUUUGUAUCUAUUAUUCGUCGUAUAAAAAUGAUUCAAGUUAUCUUUAUUCUACAAAUAACGAAUAAAUACAUUUAUUCGACGAAUGGUCUAUCAUCCGCUUCGAUUUAGUCGAAGUUUUUAUAGAGCUUUCGAAUAAAUUCCUCUGUUUCUCUUCCUUUCUUUUUCUAUGCCUAAGUACCUAGACGAUCACUAAAAGUGAGUGUCUGUAAGUGCCAUCUAUAUUCGAUGUAUAAAAGAUUAAUCAUUUUUCCUUGCACACCACCACCUUACGUUUGGUAUCCAUCGGUAUCCAUCAAGAUAUCAAAGAUAUCUCUACCAAUCUCUUCGUGAAUACGAUUAAUGUUUAAUAUAUUACUCUGUCCGUUGCACGUUGUGUAUUGGAAAAUGAAUAAUAUUUUUUACUUGAUUUUAAGUGUUACUUUUACUGAAGUUUCAAACAAUUGUUUGAGUUUUUAAUUUCGAUGAAAUUUUCAUUACUCAAGACACUUGAGUUCGAACUUCGAAAUCACUUUACGAAAACCUGCGAAAGUCUCGUGUGGUGUGACGACCUCGUGGACUUCUUAUCUACAUAUUUACGUUAUUUACAUCUUGUUACAUCCUAGAUUCGUAACAAGUGUGAAUUGGUUCGUGUUAUCGUUGAUAUUUUUUUAUCAGUGGACAUCAAUUAAAAGUUACGACUGAAAAAUUCUUGGUGCAAUUUUUCAUUCAUUGUGCAACACUACCAACACUAGUUUCAUUCUUGCGUUAUCUCCUGUGCAGUUUACAUUUUCAGUUCCUCGUACACUUUAGUUACAGAACGAUUUUUGGAAGCAUAUGCUACAAAAGACGACUGUUAGUUAAAAUAACGAAUAUAUCGAAGAGAAGCAAGUUAACCAUAUUUUUGGUGUAUUAGACGGGUAAAGAGUUACUACAUAAUAGAAGUGUGUUUUUGUUCGCGACGUAUACGUGGAAAAUAAUACUCAAAGUUACGUGGUAAGUUGAUGAAAUUAUGGCCACAUGGGAUGGUUCUUACUCUGGACCUGAUGAUCAAAAUUACUACUUGUACUCUGAUCAAAACGCUGCCGGUCCUGCAACAGGAAACUGGACGUUUCUUUCUGACAAUUUAAGUAACGAUUAUUUACAAACUAAUCGUGAAUUCUAUAUACAAAACGAUUCUGUGUUUGAGCAAAAUUGUUCAAAUACUUUCUAUCGUCCGAAUACAAAUUUUGUGCCAAAUCUGUCAUCUACAACUAAUAAUUAUCAAGAACAUUCAACAAACGCCAUAAAUAAUUCUCAAAUUUCGAAUAAUUUCGAAUAUUUGUCAACGGUUGUUAAGCCUGAACAAUGUUUCGUACCUUCCGAUUGUUGGAGCAAUAAUUAUAAUUUCAAAACAACUAAAAGUAAAAGGAAUUUUGCGAAAGGAAUUAAAGAAACUACGUCUAAUCUAACACACCAGUCAAAUUUACAUGCUACAGCAGAAGAGUUUAUACCGAAUCACUUUAAACCAGAUGAUGGGAAUGUUCCUUGUUCUAUUAUUGAUGCAAAUUCUUAUAUCAAGGAUACAAAACUUGCUCUUAGAACAUCAGAUAAACAUUCCGUUGGUGAUAUAAAUAAGUAUGAAAGAAAGUAUGAUAAUAAAAGAAAUGGAAAUUAUAGACCCAAAGAAGGACAAGAUCAGUUUUACAAAAGGAAUGCAUAUAAAAAUUCUUAUCAACAACAAGGUAGGAUUUCUCAUAAAUUUCAAGGUAAUAAAUAUUUUACCAAUAAACAUUAUUCGGACAAAUCGCAAAUAGGUGUAAAAGACAUUGGGGCAAAUUUGCCAGGUAGAAGUACGAUAAAUGGUAUUAGCAAUAAUAAAGAAGCUUUUCCAGAAAAUUUAGAUGAGGAAGAACCUUCUUCAAGUAUGGAUAUAAAUUUACAUAGAAAUAAAAAACUAUUUCACGAGGACAUUAAUAAAGGAAAUGUUGUUACCAAAGGUGACAAUGCUCAACCAAAUGGAACAAAACAGACUAAUAAUAGAGCUAAGGAAUCUACCUAUUAUAAUUCUGGUCCAAUACAAUCGCAAAGUCACCAUAGGAAUACUAGGAAAUAUCCAUACAAUAUUAAACACAAUAGAGAGGAGCAUACUUACAAAGAUAAGAGACAUAAUUAUCUGGGGCAUAACAUGAUCUGGGAAAACUGUAACAAAGAAGAUAAAUCUGGAGUAAAGGAAGAUGAAUACGAGUUUAGACAAUCUUCCAAUGAGGAAACUAGAAAUGGAAUAAAGGAAAUCAAAGAAAAAGGAUAUAAUUAUCAAGGAUAUACUGGAUUUAAGGAAUACCCCAAAGGAGAAAAAGCAGAAGUGUUCAGAGAGAAAGAUAGGAGUAAGAGUUAUACAUUUGAAAAUAAAGAAAAGGGAAAUGAAAAUUGGCGAACUAAAAGGGAAAUUAAUGAAAAGAAUGGUAUGCAAAGACGAGGACAGAAUAAAAAGUCUCCAGUUGAUGACGACGCGAGUCAAAGAGAGAGAUUGACGGAUCAACUAAAUAAGGGACAACUGGAAUGCUUAGUGUGUUGUGAAUAUACGAAACAAAAUGAUUAUAUUUGGUCUUGUUCUAACUGCUAUCAUGUUUUACAUUUGAAAUGUAUUAAAAAAUGGGCAAAAUCAUCCCAAGCAGAAAAUGGCUGGAGGUGUCCAGCGUGUCAAAAUGUAAGCCUAACGAUACCCGAAGAAUAUAUUUGCUUUUGCGGCAAGACGAAAAUACCCGAAUGGAAUCGUAGAGAUGCCGCGCAUUCUUGCGGCGAAGUUUGCGGUAGAAUAUUAUCGAAAAAUAGUUGUCCUCAUAAGUGCACUCUUCUCUGUCACCCAGGCUCUUGUCCACAGUGCAUAGCGAUGGUAACAAGAUGCUGUGGCUGUGGUAAAACAUCGCAAACGGUACAGUGCAGCACGCAUAAGUUAUUGUUGUGCGAUUCUAUAUGUGGGAAAGAUUUAAAUUGCAGUAGGCACAAAUGCGAAAGAAAGUGUCAUCACGGAGAAUGCGUAAACUGUGAUAAGAUGAUCGAACAAAAAUGUCACUGCGGUAAAAAUAAGAGGGAAAUAACAUGCCAGAAGGAUGUGUCUCUCGUGUACUCUUGCGAAACUGUUUGCGGUAAAUUAUUAGAGUGCGGUAAUCAUACGUGUACAAAGUUAUGUCACGCAGAUGCUUGCGAAUCUUGUUCUUUAACCCCAGAAAAGAUUACAACUUGUUGUUGUGGACAAACGCCGUUAACAGAAAAAAGACAAUCGUGUUUAGAUCCAAUUCCAGUUUGUGAUAAAAUUUGUUCGAAAAAUCUAAAAUGUGGUCAGCCUAAUAAUCCUCACACGUGUAAAGCAAAAUGUCAUCAAGGAGAUUGUCCUGUUUGCGAUUUGACUACCGAUGUGAAAUGCCGUUGCGGAAAUAUGGACAGAGAGUUAGCUUGUAAAGAUUUAAUAUCGAAAGCUGAUGAUGCUCGAUGCGAAAAAAGAUGCACAAAAAGAAGAUCUUGCGGCAAGCAUAAAUGUAAUCAACUAUGCUGCAUAGAAGUAGAACACAUUUGUCCCUUGGUGUGCUCUAAAACUUUAAGUUGCGGUAGACAUAAAUGCGAACAAAGUUGUCAUAAAGGACGAUGUCAACCUUGUUGGCGUAGUAGUUUUGAUGAAUUAUACUGUGAAUGCGGUGCUGCUGUGAUAUAUCCUCCGGUUCCCUGUGGUACGAGGCGACCUGCUUGCGACAAACCUUGUUCGCGUCAACAUUCUUGUGGACAUGAAGUAUUGCACAAUUGUCACAGCGAACCAACGUGUCCUCCUUGCACUGUACUUACGCAGAGAUGGUGUCACGGCAAACACGAACUACGAAAAGCUGUGGCGUGUUACGUUAAUGAAAUCUCAUGUGGUUUGCCAUGUAACAAACCUAUUUCGUGUGGUCGGCAUAAAUGCAUUACACUUUGUCAUCCUGGACCGUGCGAAAAACCAGGACAACAGUGUUCUCAACCGUGCACUACUCCAAGAGAAAUGUGUGGGCAUAUUUGUGCUGCCCCUUGUCACGAGGGUAAAUGUCCGGAGACACCUUGCAAAGAAAUGGUGAAGGUAACAUGUCAGUGUGGACAUAGAACUAUGUCUCGUGUUUGCGCAGAAAAUUCUAAAGAAUACCAAAGGAUAGCAAGCAGUAUCUUAGCUAGUAAAAUGGCUGAUAUGCAACUGGGCCAUUCCGUUAACUUGGAAGAAGUUUUUGGUCAAGGAGCAAAGAAACAGAAUCAAUUGAAAACUCUCGAAUGUAAUGACGAAUGUAAAAUAAUAGAACGGAAUAGAAGAUUAGCAUUGGGUUUGCAAAUUGUCAAUCCGGAUUUGAGCGGAAAGUUAAUGCCUAGAUAUAGCGACUUUAUGAAACAGUGGGCGAAGAAGGAUCCACAUUUUUGUCAAAUGGUUCACGAAAAGUUAACGGAAUUAGUUCAGUUAGCAAAGAUUUCGAAGCAAAAAUCACGUAGCUAUUCCUUCGAUAGUAUGAAUAAAGAUAAACGUCAUUUUGUUCACGAGUCCUGUGAACAUUUUGGUUGCGAAAGUCAAGCGUACGAUCAGGAGCCUAAAAGAAAUGUUGUGGCUACCGCUGUAAAAGAUAAGUGCUGGUUGCCCAGUUAUAGUUUAUUAGAAAUUGUUCAACGAGAAAAUGGUCAGAGAAAAGUUCCAGGUCCAAUGCUGAAUACUUCGAAAUCCGAUGGACCCGUAAAAACAAUUUUAUCACUGCCUACAAAAAAGAACCAAAAAGCAGGAACACAGUCGAAAACAAAGAUACCAGAACCGGAAAUAGAUUACUUCGAUUAUCAAGAGCUAAAUUGCAAGCUCUAUAUACAGCAGCACCAAGACCAUGUAUAAUCACUUCGGAGUUACCACUGCUAAGAAGUUUUUCACAUUUCUUUAAUUGUGCCUAAUGGAAAGAAAAAGGAAAGAUUAAUGUAAAUGAAAAAA